AAGAACGGCAACACUGGACAUAUUUUUCUUGUUGGAAAAGUAUAUUUCAGCUGAUAGGGCUGUGUAGAUUUUAUUUUCCAAAUAUAAUUAAAAUGCCUCCAGCUAAUGAGAGUAGAGUCCAGAAGAUGAAUCCGGAUAAAAAAUCUCUGAUGGAACUACAUUUCACAGUGAUAGACGAUGACGGAGUGAAACGCAACAUUCCAGCUUUGGACAAACACUGGGCACCACGUUCUAUAUUCUCUAAUUAUACUGGACUUUUGGUAUCGGGUGGUCACUUUAAGUCGGGGGCAGCCUUGGACGAAUGGAAACAUGAAGCUCAUACUUUUAAAAAAGAUAUGGAAUUUCUCCUUAGCCUAAGCCAACAUGAAUUUUGGUCCUACCUGUUGUACCAGCAGGCUGCCUUAGGUGCUGUUGUUUCUUUUCUACAGAAAGCUACACCGUUCUAUAUGAAUAUAUUUGCUGAUACUCCCCCUCAGGAAGUUUUGCAAAUUUAUGAGGAAAUUUUAAAUUUGGUUUUACGCAUUAUAUGCCGCAUACUAUCUCCCAAAGAGUCCAGUGAUUCAUGGCUAAAAAAGGAAGAUCUAAAGGGCUUGAUUUAUAAGAAUUUUCUUAUAUCCAUUCCAAUGGUUUUCGAUUUGCUGGUAGCUGUGGGUAAUGUUGGUAAAGAAAACUCCCAACUAUUGCACAAAAUAAUUGAUACGGUUUUAACCAUUGAGCCGAAUUAUAAACAAGAUCUACACCAUGCUCUUUCGUUCUUCCGUGCGGCAUUUCGUUCAAUACACACGCAAACGGAAAAUGAAGGUUUUGAGGGUGCUGGUGGAGGUAUGCCCGAUGAAAGUUGUGAGACACCAUUUGAUGAUGUUGCCCUCUACACCUUGGACUGUGCAUUUACAUUAGGUGUCCUCUUGGAUGUGUGCCCCAUAGCCAAACAAAUAGCUAUAGAGAUAAAAUUGCCACAAACUAUUGCAAAUUUCUAUGACAAUACACUGCCAUUCCUUUACAAAAACAUAUUCCUUAUAAAUGAUGGCUCAAAAAGUUUAAUGUGGUUAAAUCAUGCCCGAGUGCAAUUUUUGAAAACCUUUCGAAGUGUUGCAUAUUCCUAUGUUGAAGCAAUUAUGGCUAAACCGGAAACAAGUGUCUUGAAAGCAGAAGAAUAUAUUGGACUAAUGACUGAAUGCCUAUCGGAGCAAACAUUUGUUGUAGACUAUGAACGGCACUAUUCCUUGAGCCUGGAUAUGGAGAUAUUAAAACAAUUUUGUCCAGAUUUGGAUAACUUCAAGGCCGAUUUUGUUGUGGAUGGCUAUCGGACAGAGUGUGCAGCAGCUGCAGUAGAUCUAACUCCAGCUACGGAUUCACAACCUCAUAUUACCAACGGUAUUCCUCCCCGCCCAAGAGAAAAUGAUUCAAUCAACAAUGUUCCCGAAGUAGCAAAAGCAUUGGAAGCACCAGCCAAUAAACCUCAGCGAGAUUUAGAAUUGGAAGUAACAAUAGUUUUGGACUGUAUGCCACAUUUGGGCACAGGAUUUGUAAGACGUAUACUUGCACGCUAUGAAAACACAGAGGAGGCCAUAUCAGCUCUUUUGGAAAAUAAUUUACCGCCUGAUCUAUCGCAAGCCGACCAAACCGAGGUAUAUAUACCGCCAGACCCGCAGGAUAAAGUAUACCAAGAGACAGGAAUUAAACACUUUAAUAUAUACGAUGGCGACAAGUAUGAUGUAAUGACACAAGACAAUCCGCAGUGUGUCAUAAAGAAAGGCAAGGGCAUGCCAAAUGCACCUAAAAAUGCUGCUCAACUAUUAGACGAUAAAAGAGAAUUGGCAUCAGUAAGACAUAGAUAUCAAGAGUAUGCCUUGGUAACCGAAGGAAAUGAAAAUAGCGAAGGUGAAGAAUACAAUGACGAAUACGACGACAGCUACGAAGCAUUGCUGGAAAGUGAAACGCGUGUGGUGAAAUCUAAGGAUUUGAAAAAAGUUUUGGCUGAUGUUGCCGACGAAUCUGAAGACGAAGAGAGUGAAUCCGAGGAAGAAGACUCCAGUCAAAAAGAAAAUCAACGAAAAUCACAAAACUUCUGCGAAAAUCCCGAAGAUAUUAGAGCUCGCUAUGAGGCACGUCGUCAAGCAAAAUGGUCUAAAAAGGGGGUCAAUGUACCUCAGCAACAGAAUCACGAUGUGGUGGGAAAAUCAAAGGGUCAAGGUCAAGACAAGGAAACAUUGCGCAAUCGGCAAAAGAAAGAGGCAAAUAAAUCUUCAAGAGCGAAUCACAAUCGCAAGGCAGGUGCAGCCUUUAAACGCAGCAAAGGAAUGUUGUAAACAUAUACAUAGUUUUCCAAUAGAUCAAUCAAUACUAAUUUUUCUCUGGAAGAAAUUAAAUAGCUUUUUAUAUCUUUAGCAACAGCUUAGGGGUAAACUGAAUCAAUUGAAAUUAAAAUUCUUAGAUACCAUUAAA